AUGUUCCCCAAGAUUGCUGGACGUUCCCCUGCACGACUCACAUCUCAGGCGAUGAAGCUGGUUGCACCCAGAUGCUUCCAGAAGGACGAGGAGGAGGAAGAAGAGAAGGUGGAGGAUAUCAAGUGCACGUGUCAAAACCUGAUCCUCCGGAGCGGUAGAGGGCGCUGCGGCUGCCCAUUGCGUUUCUCUAUCACUUCCUGCAGUGCAGCGCGGUGUUCCAUGAGCAUGUUCUCGAUUUUGAAGGAGCGGGUUGGGCAGAUUCUGCUUCCCGGAGAUGAGUUCUGCUGCGGCCCCCAAGACACCCUCCCUCUAACGGACAGCGGGAGGCCAGAACGGCUAGUGGCCGGGCCUGGGCUGCGGCGGAGUGGAGACCGUCUGCUGGUGAGCCGGAGCGGCGUGCUGAGACACAAAGAGCCCAACAAGUUCUGGAUCGAGUCUCAGCAGAGGAGGUAUGUCCCAGCCAAAGGAGAGACGGUGAUCGGCAUCGUAACGGCUAAAUCUGGAGAUAUCUUCAAGGUGGACUAUGGAGGAAGUGAGCAGGCAUCUCUGUCCUACCUGGCAUUUGAAGGCGCCACCAAGAGGAACCGACCCAAUGUCCAGGUGGGUGAUCUGGUGUUUGCUCAGUUCGUUGUAGCCAAUAAAGACAUGGAGCCAGAGCUGGUGUGCAUUGAUGGAUCGGGCCGGGCCAAUGGGAUGGGUGUGUUUGGAGCCGCAGGUCUGCUCAUCAAAGUGUCUCUGGGUCUUGUCAGAAGGCUCCUGACCCCCCACAGUGACCUGCGGGCCGACCUGGAGCAGCUGUUCCCCUGUGAGCUGGUGGUUGGGAUGAACGGCCGUAUUUGGGUCCGAGCGGCGAGCGUCCAGCAGACGCUGAUAUUGGCCAACCUGCUGCAGAGCUGCGACACCAUGACAGCACCGCAGAGGCAGCAGCUGUUCAGGCGGAUCCAGCUGGGGGCGCUAUAGGACUAAGAGAUACCUUGCAGAUUAUUCUUCUGCUGAUUGUUUAUUCAAUCUGAUUGGUGUCAGUGCAGGGUUCUGUCUGGCUUAAAGGGCAUACAUUCACCCAAUCACAGCCCUGCUAGAUUUAGUUAUUGAUUCUGUUGAUGUCUGAACUUUUUUGUGAUUGGUUAAUUGAUCAAUAACCACAUGAUACUUGUGCAGCUCAGAAAAAAGGACUGACCGGUGUACUGACCCAUAUCAUGUUCCGGUCAGAAUCUCACAGUAGGAGCAUUUGACUUGUCUUUAUGACGACAGAGAAAAACAUCUGCAACUAAAGUUCUGAUAGAAACCCAACCCAACCAGGAUCUGAGCUGGUCUCACUCAUGAUGGUCCUUCAGGUUCUGGUUACAUGACUAUGUUCCUUUUCACUGUAAAAAUAUAUCUGUAACUCAAAAAAUAAAGUUUCUCAGUCUGUA